CCCAAAUCCCAAUCGCGUGCCCUGAUUUCGGAGAAUGCGAGGAGCGAUCUCAAGCCGACCGGAGCCUCCGCGGACGGCGGACGACCUCUUGUCGUCGUCUCCUUCCACCUCUUCUUCUUCCUCUUCCUCUGGCGGCGGAUCGGCCGUGAGGGCGGCGGUGGCGGAGAACCCUGUGGUGGUGGUGGGGGCGAGGGGGUGCUGCAUGUGCGACGUGGCGCGGCGCCUGUUGCUGGGGCUGGGAGUCAACCCAGUGAUGUGCGAGAUCGGCGAGGGGGCAGAGGACGCGGCGACGAUGAUGGAGGCGGAGGCGGCGGCCGGGGGUGGCGGGCGCUCGGCUGCGCAGCCGCUUGUGUUCGUCGGGGGAAGACUGCUCGGGGGACUCGAUCGCCUCGUCACCGUCCACAUCACCGGCGAGCUCGUCCCGAUCUUGAAAGAAGCCGGAGCUCUCUGGCUGUGAUGAUUUUCACUUUUUGCCUUUUUAAUUAAUUUUUUAAAAAUAUUUUAAUUUAGACUCGAAAUUAUAAGUCAAGGGUACCCUUAGUGUGCCUCUAUUAUUAUGUAAUUUACCUGUAUUUAUUGUUUUUGUACAGAAUUUGUAGUCUAGGAAAUGUGAAAAGGAAGCUACUUUCCAUUAUUAUUAUUAUUAUUAUUAUUAUUA